ACAGUAUUAUAAAUUGUACUUUGGUUGGAGCAAGUGGAUGUGGUGUUGAAGUGGAAUUGAUGUUGCGCAAAAAGAAUUAAACUGCUCUGAUAGAUAUUAUAACAUAUUUAGCGGAUUUUUCGGUUUUCGAAUAAGAAAAUAAAAGCAAAAACGUGUGCACAGAAAACAAAAUCCCAUGGUAAAAUUGUUUGCUGGUGUUCUUAACGCGAUAAAAAGGAGUAGUUUGCUACAUUCUGCAUGCUAAAAAGUGUGAAAUUUACUUUCUUGCUGUGUAAAGCAAUAAGGCGGAAAUUCAAGAUAAGUGAAUAAAAAAAAAUUACAAGGUUCUAUUAACGUGUUAACGCGUAGAAAAAAGAUAAAACGGUUAGCAAUAAGUGAAUUCUGGACGUAUUCAAGUGAUUGAAGCGUUCGGCAAAAAGGCGUGUGACAGUAAUUUCGACGUUGUAAAAUCCACAAAUUUUGCGGAAGACCAACUGGCGUAAUUGGCAAACAUGGCACCAGCGCUAAGUAAAAUAACACAAAAUCAGAGCGCCAUAGUGGGAGUGGCGGGUGUUUCUGCCGCUCUUUGGAUAAUUGCUUAUGGCAAAAUGUCCAGCAAGCGUAGAAAACCGGGCUAUGAAGAUAAAAUACAGUACACAAUUGCGGAGAAGAAAGACAAAAAGGGCGGUAAAGCUCAUGUCAAUGCGGUAUUCUUCAAACAGUUGAGACAGUUGUUGCCCAUACUCGUGCCCCGCUUCUGGAGCGUUGAAAGCGGUUUAUUGUUAUUGGUGGCCGCUUCGCUGAUCGGUCGCUCUGUCAGUGAUAUUUGGAUGAUACAGAAUGCCACCGUGGUGGAGAGCACGAUCAUACACAUGAAUAAAGAUAAAUUCAAAUCCGCGCUGCUCAAGUAUUUGGCCGCUUUGCCAAUGAUAUCGGUUGUCACAAAUGUGCUGAAAUGGAGUUUGGGCGAAUUGAAAUUGCGUUUCCGUACAAAUUUGACACAUCAUCUGUACAAUCAGUAUCUGAGCGGUUACACUUACUACAAAAUGUCCAAUUUGGAUAACAGAAUAGCCAAUGCCGAUCAAUUACUUACCACAGAUAUCGAUAAGUUCUGCGAAAGCGCCACAGAUCUGUAUUCGAAUAUCAGCAAGCCCGUGCUGGACAUAUUUAUCUAUGUCUAUCGCUUAACAGUCAAUCUGGGUGGCAAGACGCCUUCCAUACUUAUGUUGUAUUUGCUCUUCGCUGGCAUUGUUCUCACGCGCUUGCGUCGCCCAACCGGUCGUCUAACGGUUGAGGAGCAAAAGCUGGAAGGUGAAUUCCGUUAUGUUAAUAGUCGUUUGAUCACGAACUCCGAGGAGGUGGCCUUCUAUCAGGGCAACACACGCGAGAAGCUCACGCUGCUGGCCAGUUAUUCGAAAUUGCGCACACAUCUACGUAAAUUCUUGGAAUUCCGCGUUAGCAUGGGCAUUGUCGAUAAUAUUGUGGGCAAAUAUUUCGCUUCUAUCGUCGGUUUUUAUGCAGUAUCAAUUCCAUUCUUCACGGACAAUCAUCCCUUGUUGUCGGGCGAACACAGUGGUCAACGUUUGCAGGCAUACUACACAUACGGCCGCAUGUUGGUGAAAUUAGCCGAAGCUAUCGGUCGUUUAGUUUUGGCCGGUCGUGAGAUGUCGCGCUUGGCAGGCUUCACGGCGCGCAUGACCGAGCUAAUCAAAGUGCUGGGUGAUCUGAAUAAAGGACGUUACGAACGCACAAUGGUGAAUAACGUUUUGAAUGGCGACAAUUGCUUCGGCCCAAACAAGGGUAUUAUGACAUUCGUGGAUAAUAUCAUACGGUUCGAAAAGGUGCCGCUCGUUACGCCGAACGGUGAUGUGCUGGUGAAGGAGCUAAGCUUUGAGGUUAAAUCGGGCAUGAAUGUGCUGGUGUGCGGUCCAAAUGGCUGUGGUAAAUCUAGUUUAUUCCGCAUACUCGGCGAGCUGUGGCCCACAUGGGGUGGCAAAUUAACGAAACCACCACGUGGUAAACUCUUCUACAUACCGCAACGUCCAUACAUGACGCUGGGCUCGCUACGCGAUCAGAUAAUCUACCCACACACGCGCGACGAAAUGAUACGCAGCGGCAAGAGCGACGAAGAUCUUAUGAAAUACUUGGACAUUGUGCAGCUCACCUAUUUGGAGCAGCGCGAGAAUGGACUGAACGCCAUCGAAGAUUGGAUUGACGUGUUGUCGGGCGGUGAGAAGCAACGCAUAGCGAUGGCGCGUCUCUUCUACCACAGUCCGCAGUUCGCCAUCUUAGACGAGUGCACCAGCGCGGUGUCCGUGGAUGUUGAGGGUAAAAUGUACAGUUAUUGUCGCGAAGCAGGCAUCACGUUAUUCACAGUGUCGCAUCGCAAGUCGCUCUGGACGCAUCACGACUACUAUUUGCAAUUCGAUGGGCGUGGCAGUUACGAGUUCGCACCAAUCGAUCAGGCGAAGGAGCAGUUCGGCUCGUAAAAUCGUAAAAUAAGUGUGUAAAGCAUUAAUUUGUAUGUAGAUAAAACAGUUAGCAACAGCAGUCAAUAGUUGCAAUAUUGAGCAGGCCGUCAACAGCUGGAGAGCGUUGAGAGAGCGGAAGUGUUAAGUGAGCUUUGCAGUAUAGUUUGAAAUCUAAGUGGUGGUAGUGCGGUGCAAGGCUUAAAAGUUGAUGAUUAUAUAAUUAUAAUUAUAUAUUCUUUAAAAAUAACAACAAAAUAAGUCAAAUGUGAGAAAACGCAGUAAAAUUAAUUUUAGUAAGUGUCGCAUAUAUUUUCUAUUUUUGUUCUUUUUUUUUAUAUUUCGCCAUGCUGUCUACCUUACUCUAGCAUAUUGCCGAUUAUUCCUCGCUUUUAUGCCUUUUUUGCAUACACAAUUUGCCUUUUCGUUCUUGUAAAGCCUCACUUAUCACUUGCGCCCCUCUAUACUUAUAUACAACCGAUUCCCCCUCUUUAAAGUUUGUUGUUGCUUAG